AUGGAGUUGCAGCGUAAAUUCACAUUCGACGAUCCUGAAGACAGUUAUUGGAACGACAAUGACAGCCAGAAUUCUUUCUUUGCAGAUCAAAAGAAUGCCGUAGGUUUUCUAUCGGCUAAUUAAAACUUCUACUUUUAGACCGUAGCACGGCAAGUGUUAGACGAUCUGUAUGAAGUGGAUUUUGAUAUCCCCGAUGAGGACCUCCCUGAACCUCCGAGCAAUGAUAACAACGAGUUGUCUGAGGGGUCUUCAAAUAAAGUUUUCUUCGACGAUCAACCGAAAGUCUUUCCCGAACAACUCCACAAACCUCACUUACUUGGUGCUAAUAAAUUGGUAAGGGGUUUUUAUUUUGUCUUUUAUGUUUUUAGAAUGAAAGUCCAAGGCCCAGACGACCUCUGGGAAGUUCGUCGAUGAUAUCUGAUUGUAGUUUUACGUCGUUUUCUAGCGAUGCGACAGUUCAUUUGGAUUAUGCGCGACUGAAGAGCGAGCAUCACAAACUUCAGAAGUACCUUGACGUAAGUAUCCAUUUUUGUGCAUAAUAGACCCUUUUAGCGGGUAAGAUCUGAGAGGUUUGAGCCACCAUCAGUAGAAACAACAAUAAAACGACUGCGAAGAUGCGAGCCUGUAGCCUUGGACUUCUAUAAAUCUAAACAAGACAAGACUGAACUCUUGGAUGAAGCUAUUAAUUCUCAGGAUACUGAUGUAAUAUUAACCGUACGUUUCUCAACCACUUGUUACCUAUAUUUUUAGGUAGUACUUUUCUUAAAGAGAACGCUGAUUUCUUCUAUAUUCCGUGAGAUUUUGAUUUUCAAACCAGAAGCCGCUGAAGUUUACGUCACUUAUCUUCGAGAAUGUAAUGAGACAAACGAGCUGAUCGAUACCUUAUUGUAAGUUGGUCAUAUUUUUAGUUUUUAGUAAGCUAUCUUUAAACCAAUGCUAUUUUCUUUCUUGCAGCUCUCUCGGACGGAGUGAUGAAGCGGCAAUGGUCGAGUUUCAAUGUGCAGUAAAGAAGUGUCACACGGCAUCGAAGAUUAAUAAUCUAAAGAAGUGUUUGAUCAGCGGAUUCAGCGAUCCGACCCUCAGUGCGGAAGCCAAGUUUGUCGAAGAAUACAUUCAUCUGAUUGAGCGACAAGUCCCUAUUGAUGUGGGUUUUGAUUUUCUUAUUAUUUUGGUUAUAUUGUUUUAGUCAUCAGAUGAAGAGGAAAACAAGGCCGGGACUAAUGAGAUCUUCAAGCAAUUCCCCAAGAAAGCCUCUCUAAUCGGGCAACCCCUAUUGACAACUCUCUAUUAUUGUUGUUUGUAUCAUUACAAUCUCCCAGUUGUAAGUUUUGUCUCAAAUAUAUUUAUAUCUUUGUCGUUUAGAACGUCUAUGCAAGUCCAUUGUCUUUUAAAUCGACCUUCAACAUCAAUGAAAAGGCGUUCUUUUGGAUGGCGGCCUCAGCCUUGUGCAGGAAGAAGCAGUAUGGAGAAAUUGAACGGCUUUUGACCUGCAAAAAGAUGAUUGUUUCCCAGAAACUCGUCUGUCCUUUCCCGUGGACAGUCUUCUUUCAACUGGUUGCCAAAUAUGGACCCCCAAAUAAAGAGGUAAUUGAUAUUUUUGUUGUGCAAUAUUGAACUUUUCAGAUACUUACAAAAUGGCUUGGCGCAAUUAGUGAUGUAAAUGAACGACUUAAAGUCGCCGAACAAUUUGGCGAACUAACAGCUGGUGUUCAAAUCGAGGCGAUCAACUCAUUAAAAGAUAAACAGAAGUUGGUCAACUUGAUGAACAAGCUAAAUCCAAAGUCUGUCGAAUAUAACAAGGCCCAACUCAUACUGUCCAAUACGGUAGGUGCAGACUUUGUAACGGAAGUGAUUCUUUAUUUAUUAUCUUCUUGUUGUUUCAGGCGAAUAAAUGGAAAAACUAA